AAUAUACAAGUUGAAUGGAUAAAACCACCAUGCAUUUCCACAAACUUUUCAUUCUUUCUCUCUCCUCCUCAUAUAUUUAUUUAUUCCAAUAAUACCCUUUUUCCAAUCGUCGGCAAUAUAUUUUGUUGUCUUCUAAGGAACAAAACUACAAAUAAGGAAGAAAUUUUUUUGAUCAAAGGGACCCCUUUUUUUUUAUCAACCUUGUCAAAGUGUCAAACCACACUUGUUUUGUUUGUAUUUUUAUGUGAAAAAAACAAUAACAAAAGGAGGGUCUUGUUGUUGUUGUUUGUUUUGUUGGUGGGGUGCAUAGGAUAAGCUUCAAAAUUGGGUUAAGGUUAAGGCUAAGCUUUAAUGGAGGUCAAUUUUGGAUUAUGCUUCUGCUUGUUGGUUUUGUUGGUUCCUUUUACUUGUGCUGGCAGAGCCACCAUCAGCACCACCACCGGUAACGGGGGCAAUAGUGGUGGUUCAAUUCAGAAGCUUGAGGUUAAGAAGCACUUGAAGAAUUUGAACAGACCACCUGUUAAGUCCAUCAAGAGUCCUGAUGGAGAUAUUAUUGACUGUGUUCAUGUUUCACACCAACCAGCUUUUGAUCACCCUGAACUCAAAGAUCACAAGAUUCAGAUGAGGCCAAAUUUUCAUCCAGAAAGGAAAACUUUUGGAGAGAGCAAAGUCUCUUCAAAUUCAAAUUCAAAUUCAAAGCCUAUAACUCAGCUUUGGCAGAAAAAUGGUAUGUGUUCUGAAGGAACAAUUCCUAUAAGAAGGACUAGAACAAAUGACAUAUUAAGGGCUAGCUCUGUUCAAAAUUUUGGAAAGAAGAAGCAAAAGAGUACUCCUCAACCAAAACCUGCAAAACCUCUACCUGACAUCUUGACUCAGAGUGGUCAUCAGCAUGCCAUAGCUUAUGUGGAGGGAGGUGAUUUCUAUGGAGCAAAGGCAACCAUAAACGUUUGGGACCCAAAAAUUCAACAACCUAAUGAAUUCAGUCUGUCUCAAAUUUGGAUUUUGGCUGGUGCCUUUGGUCAAGAUCUCAACAGCAUUGAAGCAGGCUGGCAGGUCAGCCCUGAUUUGUAUGGUGACAAUAACACUAGACUCUUCACUUAUUGGACAAGUGAUGCAUAUCAAGCAACUGGUUGUUAUAAUCUCCUUUGUUCUGGCUUUAUUCAAAUUAACAAUGGUAUAGCCCUUGGAGCAAGUAUAUCCCCACUUUCUAACUAUGGUUCUUCCCAAUAUGAUAUAAGCAUCUUGGUCUGGAAGGACCCAAAAGAGGGAAACUGGUGGAUGCAAUUUGGAAAUGACCAUGUUCUAGGAUACUGGCCAGCUCCUUUAUUCUCAUACCUAACUGAGAGUGCCUCCAUGAUUGAAUGGGGUGGUGAGGUUGUGAACUCUGAGUCUGAUGGACAGCACACAUCAACACAAAUGGGAAGUGGACAUUUUCCUGAUGAAGGUUUUGGCAAGGCUAGUUAUUUCAAAAAUAUUCAGGUUGUUGAUGGUGACAACAAGUUAAGGGCUCCAAAAGAUCUUGGUACCUACACUGAAAAAGAUAACUGUUAUAAUGUCAAAACUGGUAAUGCUGGUGAUUGGGGCACCUACUUCUAUUAUGGUGGUCCGGGUCGAAACCCUAACUGUCCUUGAUCUUUUAUGUUAAAGCUGUGGUUUUAAAUUGCAGGUAAAUGUGGUUGCAAUAUCGUGGCCGCAGUUGUGGAUCGCAAUUUAAAACUACGGUUAAAAGUUUAAGCACUAAAAAAAAUAUAAAAAAAACUAGGGUGUUCUUUUGAAUUGAUCUAGUGUAGCUUGUAAGUUGAGCUACCACUUAGGUAAUUUGGUGUAUAAUGAAGCUCAAAAUUCUCAUUGAGGUCUCCAAAAAUUGUUGGAGAAAAAGGGUGAUGGGUUUCUUAGAUUGACAAGAAAAAUGUUUGAUCAUUGAUUUCUGUUUAUAUAUAUAUAUUUUUGUUGUUUUUGUCUGCUCCAAUCUCUGGAGCUGUGAAAGCUGGUGGGUUGUUAAUGUGAACAGAAUAUUUUCUAGUAGGGGACAAUUGAGUAUAUGUAUAUUUAUUUAUUUUGGUACCAUGUUUAAUUAAUGAAAAGCUGUCUUAAUAAGAA